AUGAUUAACAAAGAACCGCGCACACCAGGUCAGCUGCCUCCCCUCAUGCAUCUCACGAUCGAGUAUGCAUCCCGCGGUCUUGAAUCGGGUCGUUUCACUUCCGUCGCUCUCACUAAGGCCUACCUCGCCAGAAUCACCGAGGCUUCCGAGUUUCGUGCAGUACUGCAGGUUAACCCCAAUGCACUAGAUGUGGCCCCGGCAAUUGGACAAGGAGCGGACCCGCCGCUGCAUGGGAUUCCACUUUUGGUCAAGGACAACGUUGUGACACAGGAAGAGCUGGAUGCAUCUGCUGGCUCGUACGCUCUCCUUGGAGCCAAGCCCGGCGUCGAGUCGUCUGUCAUUGCGAAGCUGCGUGAAGCCGGUGUCUUGCUUUUGGGCAAGACCAACCUCUCCGAGCGGGCCAACCUCAGAGGCCUGAACGUCAGUUCGGGAUGGAGCCCGAGGGGUGACCAGACACUGGGUGCAUACUAUCCUGGAUCGCAACCGGACGGAAGCAGUGCCAGCUCCGCCGUCGCUGCCGCAUUGACUUUGUGUACCGCUGCCAUAGGGACCGAGACGGUCGGAAGCAUCCUGGCACCUGCCGAGAGGAAUAACGUCGUCGGUUUCAAGCCCAGCCGCGGCCUCAUCGCAAACGACGGUGCCAUUCCCGUCUCUUCUCGCCAGGAUGUUAUCGAUACCCUCACCAGAACUGUCAAGGACGCGGCAUACUUGGUCAGCACGAUGGCUGGCCGCAGUGAGCGAGACGAGGGCACUUGGGACAUCCCGUUUCAGCAAAUUCCCGACUUCACAGAGUUCUGUAACGGCACCGACCUGAGCGGCGUGACGAUUGGUGUUCCUCGGAACACAUUCGACUCUGACCCGACAUCUCCCAUCAUGUGGUUGACAAUACCGACUUUCCUGCAGCCGAGGGGUUCAAGCAGCUCAACAAUCAGGUCAGGGGUAUCGUGCGAUCCUCCCGAGUUCAGGAGAGACAUCGGGCGUUACCUCAAGACACUAAAGAUCAACCCCCACAACAUCCAAUCGGCCGAGGACAUCAUCGGGUUUACCAAAACUUCCCCAGAGGAAGAAUACCCCGAGCGUGACAUCGGCAAGUUUCUGUGGACCCAGGCAGAGGGAAUCGACCGCUUCUAUUGUGGCGAAGGCGGCAUUCUGGGGGCGAUGGAGAAACACAACCUUGAUGUUCUCGUCAUCCCUUCCACGCUCGGCAUUUCCAAUGACCUUGCCGCCAAGAUGGGGUUCCCCGUGCUGGGGGCACAACUUGGAUUUCAUCCUAAAGGUACCCCUAUCGAGCUUGAUGAGGACAAACCGCACCUCGUCCAAGUGGCUCCUGGGAUUCCCUAUUCCUUGACCUUCAUAUCCAAGGCCUUCUCUGAAGGUGUGCUGCUCCGAGUGGCCUACGCUUUCGAGCAGCUUUCUGCUGUGCGUGACAACGGGCCAUUGCCCUUCAAGCUGCCGGCCACAGAGCUCAAGGAUGUUGAAAAGUAG